GUCUAUCCAGCUGAAACUGAGCUCUUCCCCAGCGCACAUCAGCCGAUCUAAAAGCUAGACCCGUUACGGUAAGGGCUGGUUUGGAAUAUGUCCGGAAACUUAUCGCCAUCUCCCUCGCGAUAUCUGUUUGUACCACGGAGAUCUGUCAUGUAAAACAUUGGGAAUCUGGAGAAGUUGUGGUUUUUAAGAAGAUUCCUUCGGCUGACGUUGAACUUUAUUUGGAUGUGAAAGAGAGUUUUACUUCAGUUUUCGUCACUCCAGUAAACUUGAUAACGGACUUCAUUUUUGCGUUCAUACACGUUUAAACGUCAGUCAUGAUCAGGACUGAAGUUCAAACUUCGGUUUUUGGAUAGUUUUAGCUGUAAUAACGUUGUGGUUUUAAUUCAAGGAAAUAAGCCAAAUGUAGUGGACUGCGUGUUAUGAGAACGGAGCUAAGCUGUUGAAUUAUUUAAGAUAAUGUGGAAUCGGUUGAGACAUUUAUAUAAAUAAAUAUAUAUAUUACAUUUUAUUUUUUAUAAGUAAAACCGUAUCUGAUAGGGAAUUUAACUUGUAAUUUAGUAUAUAAAUAAAUAAAUAUAUGUUCUCCAAAAGCCCAGGAAGUGGGGCAUACAUAGGAAGUGACUGGGUUAGAUUGUAAAUAACUUAAUUAUAUUUUUGUUUAAUAGAUAUACAUAUUUAAAAGCGUAUCCAGGAUUUCUACAAUGCCGGAUGCGGCUGUGAAUUUCAGUCUUUUGCACAGGACUUGCUCUCUUGUGGUUGUGUUGUGUUUGCUUCACAUUUCUGUGACUAUAAUAUAUUAUAUGAGAAAUUCAGAUUCAAGGCAAGCCUUCGUACAAAACCAGCAAAGUCCUCAGAUCCAUAGGAAACUGACCGAGCAGAAAGUCACUACAGAGGAUAUUAGACCGCCAUCUCUGACUAAUGUCACACACACUGAGAGAAAGCUGGAAACAUGCCCUGACAAUCCCCCUCGCUUGGUGGGUGCACUCCGGGUUGAGUUCUCUGACCCGGUCACCCUAGACCUUGUGAGGUCCGAGAACCCUGCGUUGCAGCCCGGCGGGCGCUUUAAACCCACAGACUGCAUCGCCCAGCAGAAGGUGGCCAUGAUCAUCCCCUUCAGGAACCGUGAUGAACAUCUGAAGUACUGGCUAUAUUAUCUGCACCCAAUCCUACAGCGCCAGCAACUGGACUACGGCGUCUACGUCAUCAAUCAGGCUGAAUCAUCUGAUGGCUCAAGAAACAAGAAAGGGAUAGUGAUUUCCAAGACUGGCAAUGUUGUGCAAAGAAGAGCAGGAGGCGAGGAGACGUUCAAUCGCGCCAAGCUCCUCAACAUUGGUUACGCGGAGGCUCUGAAGGAGUAUGACUAUGAUUGUUUUGUCUUCAGCGAUGUUGACCUCAUUCCAAUGGAUGACCGCAACUUCUACAAGUGCUAUAAUCAGCCCAGACAUCUAUCUGUGUCUAUGGACAAGUUUGGCUUCAGGUUGCCAUACAAUCAGUACUUUGGUGGCGUGUCAUCGCUGAGCAAAGAACAGUUUCUGAAGAUCAACGGCUUCCCAAACAACUACUGGGGCUGGGGAGGGGAAGAUGAUGACAUAUAUAACAGGGUUACCUCCAGAGGGAUGUCGAUAUCAAGGCCUGAUGGGAUCAUCGGAAGAUGUAGAAUGAUCCGUCACGAUCGAGACAAACAAAAUGACCCGAAUCCACAGAGGUUUGACCGAAUAGCUCACACAAGGGAAACGAUGACAAGGGAUGGGAUCAAUUCCCUAACAUACACAGUUGUUCAAAUUGAGAAAGACCAGCUAUUCACCAAAAUCACAGUUGAUGUGGGAAAACCAUGAUUCCUGUGUAGAGACCAACUUAAAACUGAGCGAGACCGAAGCACUGGCUGUCGAAACCAAAUGUGCCUUGAUAUAUCAAGUCAAAUGGACAAUUUUCAAAGUGGAUUAUAUAUUUUUAAAAAGAUGAGUAAGUACUUAGAAAUUUUUGUUUUGCCAUCUUUGCACACUUGAUGGUGAACACAGGGGUCCGGACUCCUUUUGCCCAGUGUAUAAGAACUGUUCGGCUGCUAAAGGAGACACACAAGGGUUUAAUGUUGCCUUCAAGAGGUGAUGGGCCAACCUUGUUCUGUCUCAGAUACUUCUGCUGAGGAAAAAGACUUUAUUUUGAGCCAUUUGAUGGAAGCAGCAUAUUAAAAUGAUCCGAAUUCAAAAUGUUCUUGUGGUGGGACAAUGAAUGUGAGUUGCUGUGUAUGGGAUUAUUUAGUUUGUACAAAAGUGAAUAUUUAAAGCAUAGUCGGCAAGCUAAGCAAUGCAAAAAAAUCUGGGCUAUACCAAUCAAGGGCUUUGGAUAUUUUAUAAUCGUAUACCGAACCGGCAUUUUUGGGCUGUCACAUAUUUGUUUACUUUUAUUACGAAUUGCAUCUCCUUAUCUUGUUGCUGUACCAGGUUAUUUGUGUUUUACAGAGCCUUUUAAAUGACUUCUCUCAUUGUUAGGUAUGAGAUGUCUGAAUGUAUUGGCCUGCAUUGAUGCGUAUUGGACCAUGAUCUUGUUUGCUGGAGCACCAAAGUGCCUUGCAGCAUUGCAUCUUAAAAGCCAUUAAAUUCCUCCCUUAUGUUUGGUGCAUUAUCUUUGCUGUGUUUGAAUUCUAUCAAAUCAAAUGCAGCACUAUCAGGUCAAACUUUCAGAUUUGUUUUGUUCCAUUUUGUUGUUUUUAGUCCUUUAUUGCAUCGUGAAUUUCUCAGAUCUAUGCUGGUUAUUAAGGGCACAAGAAUAUUCAAGCUCUCUACUGUAAUGAACACAUGAAGCCAUGGAUAACUUUGCUGAAUUGACCUGUUGAUACUUGUAUUUUUUUCUCUCUCUCUCUCUCUCUCUCACAUGUGCUGGUCUGCUCUUAAAUUCUUCUUUUGAACAAAGAAAACAGUGUUUUAUUUUAAAACCUAUCAUUGUGGAAACCAAAAAUGCCUUUCAACUCUGUCAGGGGACGAAAUGCAGAUGAAGCAAAUGAAUGUAUGUCAGCUGUUUGCUCAAGUGCUUUUCAAGAUGGCAACUAACAGCCCGUACACAAUGUACAGAAUGUUUAAGUUGCGCAGCCAAAUUUUUUUUUUCCUCCGUGCCUAGCACCCCAAAAGACCUAUAGUUUUUCUUUCCAGCUUAAAAACUCUCCCAUGCCUUAUAUUAAAACUCCUUUGCACCAGGAAAGAAAACUACCUCUCCACGCGGCACAGCACUCGCAAGCAGAAAGGAUUAGUGCCUAAUGCUGUCUCUCAAACCAAAUGCUUUGGCAAAAAAAUCUUUGGCUUUUUUCCCCCCCUUAGGUCAGUUAAAAUGAGGUUUAAAUCAGUUUAGACAAUGGUCUUUGUUUAAGGGCCAGCACAUAAUUAACUUAAGUUUUCUUUUUCAUUGUUUGAUUUUUCUGUUUUUCCAACACAACUUUUUUGUUUUCCUUUUUCGAUGCCUAUGUUCCCCUUACUUAAGUGUAAUGCAGUGAAUAAUUAACUUAAUUUUGGAAUUAUGGAAAUUAAAUAAUUAAAUUGUGUUUGAUUUAA